UGAAAUAUAUACAUCUUCUUCAGCUGCUAUAACUUCGUUAUAUCAACAAUUAUUUGGUACAAAAACAAAAUUUUUUGGACCACUUGUUAUGGGAUUUGAUCAAUUAGAUAUUGUGAAACAAUUAAUAGAAGAUAUUAACUUUUAA